UAUCAUUCCUUUUUUUUUUUUUGACAUUCCAAUGGGUUGCUGUGUAUCCCGUCCUGAAAGUCAACCUGAACGUAUCUCCUCCGGGAUGACCGCUGAAUUGGUAUCGUCAUCAGUAUCUCCUCCUCAAUACAAUGAACAACCUGGUUAUGUCGUUGAGGUCGGAAAAUCGGUCGACCGCUUUGAAACAGAAGACUUGAACAAUGGACAAAAUGAAAAGAAACAGGGCAAGAAUGAUUUCGAUAAAGACAACGACGAGAACAUCAAUAAUAACAGUAGUAGUAGCAGUGGCAGCAAUAACAAAGGUGAUACGAACUGUAACCAAGGACCAAAUAGUGAGAACAAUAGUGAUAAAAGGUCAACAGAUACGGAAAAAGCACCAGUUAUGCAUUCUAAUGAUAAUAACACUUGUACAAUUGAUUCCUCUUCUUCAGCUGCUGUGUGGCCUAUUGUUAUACGACUAUCUUUGACUGGCAAAGACAUUUCUGUAGAUUUACCUCAACAAGCACCCUACUGGACCCUGCAACAACUACAACAAGCUUUGGAACCCAAAAUACAUCAACUUUUAUCCUCCUCUUCAUCUUCUUCUUCCGGUCCCAUCCGUAUACGAUUCAUUCAUCUUGGGAAAAUUUUACCUCACCACACAAAAUUGAUACCAUCAUCAUUGUCAUCAUCUACUUCUGCUGCCUCACAUUAUACCGCAACGACGAACUGUCUCACGUUGGAAAAGUACGGUGUUAUUCAAGCUAUGGUAACCAAGACACAGUGAUUUUUCAAUAAAUCCUUUGACUCCCCUCCCAAAUACACUCAUACUCAAAUAUAUAUCUAUUUAUGCAUAUUUUUAUACACAUCCCUUAUCUCUAUGUUUUUAUCUUUUUUUUUUUUUUUUUCUUCUUCUUCGAUGACUCGCAAUCUAUUUAGCUGUUAUAUACACGCAUACAUAUUCAUAUAAACACAGAUAUAUUAUACACAUCGAUAUUCCCUUUUCUUUCUUUUACAAUUGAUCUGUAUAUAGCAUUUUUAUAAAUAAAUUUUCUUUUAUUUUCAAGAAAAAAAAAAAAAGACACUAU